AUGAGCCACCCAUACGCUACGAGCGAACCGCUCUACGGCGCCGGCAAUGACGCCGAGCACGUUGGGUCAAGUGUUGCCUCACCAUCGUUGGGCGCCGCACCACCCGUUACCGCAACGACUCCUUCACCGGAAGGGCAUGCCGACAGCAACGACAACGCACAUUCGGCCGCCGCUUCAUGCACGAUGGAGAAGCAAACUCGCUACGACAACGCUGAGGUGAUACACGGCAGCGAUCAGGACGACAUGGCGACUGCCGUCUCGCACUCACCUGACGUGUCGUCACCAUCCUCCUCGUCCUGCUCUGCCGAAUCGUCGAUGCCACCAUCGUGGCUGCCCUCUCGCUCGUCCUCGUGCUCCUCGGCGACAUCCUCCUCGUUCAUCUCCGCCUCUGAUUGCUCGUCGUGCUCAUCCGGCAAUGCGGGACUUGUCGCUGAUGGCACCAGUACUCCAGAAUCGGGCCACAAUCAUCACCUCCAUCAAGAGCGCCCCCACCACCGCCACCAUCCUCCGCGUCACUGCUCAGACGAUAGACACGUCACAGAUGGUGACAUCGACAGACGUGUCGGUGCACCAGCGUCGCGGCGCGUGCAGACGUCUGAGCACACGCGCUUUACCAGCGUUCUUGCUGGUGGUAGGCGGUGUGGCGACAGUGACGCGCUCGGCGCCGCGCCUGCGGUGUCCUGCGGUCGCAUUGAUGGGGAUUUCGAUGGUGGCUCGUCUCGCACACAGGACGUUUCGUGGUGGAGGUCCUGUGGGGCGGCCGCCAAAGCCACCGUGGGGGCCGUGCCCGCCGGGACAUGCGACAUGCAUCCCUACUGCUGCGCACCACACAGUCCUCAGUCCCCGCUACAGCGCCGACAACGUACUGCUGGUGUCGAUCCCACUUGCCGGGAUCUGGCAACGCAGCGACUCUCGCCUUUUGUGACCACUCUCUCGGGCACGCUUACUGCAUCCCCAACGCCACUCCCACCCCCUCACCCGCGCCGAUCGUCGUCGGCGCAGCGCCUCUCUUCCAACGCGCCCAUGAGGCACACCCCCGGUGGUGUCCCGCGCUCCUCGAAGCCGCUUUUCGCAAACAAAGGCAGCGGCAGCAGCGACGCCAGCGGGGGUCUCUCGGCCCCCACCGCCAUGGAUGGGAGCGUGCCGCGGCAGCCGUCGCGCAGCGUUGGCUGCGUCGCGAGGCAGGCGCGAUGUGGCACGCUGCGCCGCUCCUUCUCUUUCACUUCCGGGGUGCCGCCCGUGUCCGCGUCCUACUACGAAGUGCCGUCGUUCUCUGCCAGUCGCGCUGCGUCUCCUGUCGCCGCUGCGAACUCAGCAAUCGGUGUGCCGCGCACCUUGCUCAGCGGCGAGCGCCAUCAUGAGCGAACUGCCUCCAUCACCUCCUCGGUGCACUCUGCUUCGUCAUCGGUGCGCCCGUCGGUUCCCUUGCCACCAUCGCACGUUGGCAUCCCCUCGAAUAUGAUGGCGGCCAUGUGGGUGGACUUGCCCCUGUCCCAGUCGGGCAGUCGGAGUGCCACACCGCUGAACAGCAGUGAUGCGUAUGCGCCACCGCGUAGGCGGCGCACGACGCCGCGGCGCCGCUCCGGGCCCCCAAGCCCGGCAACAAGCACGCUGGCGGCUUCGGUUGCGUCCUCGCUCGACGGUGCCGGCUACAUGUCCUCGGCUACCGGCGGCGCUCCCGCCAGUGCGCGUCGCUUGCUGGUGACGGUCAGCACGCAGACGGACAACGACUCAGCCACUGUCGAGGGUUGCAAGGCUCCGGUCUCCCUUACUCGCCGCCUCUACUGGAAGUCCUCGAAUUCCCCUUACGUCGCGAAGGUCGGCAGCGGUGAGCGCUGCGGCGGCACUGCACACCAGUAUAAUCUGAAUGACCCCUUCGAGAGCGAAGGCGCGGCUCUGACGAUGGUGGCGUCGGUCUCGUCGACCUCGGCGGAGGUAUCACCGCGCUCAUUGCUUGCGAGCGUAGCCGAGAUACGCCCCGACGACCACGCAGUCCAAGCGGUACUCGACGCUGACGCCGCACGACGCGUGCAUCAGCACAUCGCAGGGGAUGCCAUGCGUGGCGCAGCGCCAAGCGCACCAACAUCUCUGUCCGCCGAUGUGGCCACGAAAGUAGAUCAUGUGAGUGAGGGUAACAGCCUGUCAAGUGCUUCGGCCGAGCCUCCGGGCGCGAUGUACGUGUAUGAAACCUCGCGCGUGGAUGUGCCGCCUCGACAGGGCGGCGCCAAGGCAGCCGCAGUCGCUGUCAACACUUCAGCUCCGACUGAGGUAGGGAAAAACUCGCCAGCGGGUGCUCUCACGCCCCUCACGACGUUCCCGUUGCCCACGUCGCUCGUGACUCAGCCGCGAAGUUUCGUGCCAGCAGCGCCCCCGCAGUCCCAGGCGGGCGCACCGUCAGCAGGGGGUGUGCCUCCGCCCACCACUACAGCGGUUAUUUCCGACGAGGCAGGCGCACACAGCCCACUGAAGACAGCUGGAGAAGGACGUUGUGGCGCCGGGAGAGGCCCGACGUCGGUAGACUGCAGGGCAACCGAACCUCUGGAGGAAGCCGACAACCCCUCAGACCCUCAGCCUUUGACACCCUCACCGAGCGACGAAGUGUGGCGGCUUCGCGCAGAGCUCGCCCAAAUGCGCCACCAGUACGAGCAGGUUGUGCAGCAGCUACGCCAAAUGCAAGACUCCGUGACUGCGGCUGGACCGGCUGCUGGCUCGAGGAAGCCCUCACCGACGGCAGCGGCGCUGAAUGCGGGACACCAAGCGGCGAUGGAGGCAGUGCUAGUCACCACCUCGCCCUCUCUGCCAGCCGCAUCGCUUCCCUCCUCUUCGUGUCCAGUCGCCAUGCAAAACCGCUCCGGCACGCCAGAAAAUCCUGUGGAGGAGUCAGCUUCCUCUGUCUCGUCCAACAGCGAUGGCAGCGCGGAAGAUGCCACGGCGACGCUGGAGCACGUGCGAGCGGCCCUGCAACGGGCUCGACGACGUGCGACCAACUAA